UCCGUAGCGACAACAACGCGUCGCUCUUCAUCUCAGUUCGUCACGAACCGUCCGUACUAAUUCCUGUCCUGCACCACGCCCUGAGUUGGAGCACAGAAUAUAGAAAUCCUGAUCUGCGGCAUACGAUUCCAGCGUAAUCCUGAUUUGGGGCAUACGAUUCCAGUGUAAUCCUGAUCUGCGGCAUACGAUUCCAGCGUAAUCCUGAUUUGAGGCAUAUGAUUCCAGCGUAAUCCUGAUUUGGGGCAUACGAUUCCAGCGUCUUGCCUGAAAGUUUGCAAAAGUGGUAAAGAAAACUUCUCUGCAGACUGCUGGUGCUGAAGGAAAGUGCUUUGCAGACUGCUGGGGCAAAAAAGUUCUCUGCAGACUGCUGGUACGGAAGGAAAGUGCUUUGCAGACUGCUGGGAGGAAAACUUCUUUGCAGACUGUUGGUGCGAAGGGAAGUUGCACUGCAGACAGCGGUUACCAUUAAAAAGUGUGUUUGCCACGGAUCGGCUGCCCUUUUGAAUCACGCGUGUCAGGCAUAAGUGCCUUCACAAUUGAUUGUCACAAUUUGUUGUUAGAGAAAAACGUCAAAAAGAGUUUUUUUUCAAAGUAAAAACUUUAAAUCUUUCUUCUCUAAUUGUGAAGUGAACAUUAGGCGUUAUCCUAUCCUUGAGUUAGUGAAGCGUGUUCAACUGUGCAAAAAGUUUAUAAAUACACUAAAUUUAUUUGGACUGAUGAGUGAAAGUGAACUGCAUGUGGUAUCAUCAAAGUGCUCUUCGGUUUGUGAGUGGAAAAUUUUGAAGUAAUUCCCUAUUGAAACAAAAUUGGUUCGAGAGGCGACAAUAAAAAUUUAUAGCAAGAAUUGCACUAAAUUCAAACGAAUCUUUUCAAAUUUAAAAUUCCAAUUACGAAAUCUGGCUGCAAAUUCUGAUUGAUUAGCGCCGUUUCUCCUGCAAGAAAAGUGCGAAGACAACAUAUUGGUAAUUUUUGAAAAAAAAAUUGACGUGUGAAUCCUAUGAUCUGUUGGAGGUUUGUUAAAUUUGCAAGAAGAUAAAUUAUUGUUGAUUUGUGUUUGUCACGAAUCGACAGAACUGAACCUGAAGUUCUUCAUUAAACUGAAUUAUCAAUUCGUUGAAUUUGCUAGUAAAAUGUUGAACCUCGAUGAGCAAGCGACGCCUCUGGGGUCUUGCCCUUCCCGCAAGGGGAGACGCAGGAACAACAACAAGAAGAAGAGGAGUCGCGACCAAACUCCUGCUGUGGAAGAACCCAAUCGACCCGAUCACCUUCCUUCUACUUCCUCCCGCCGCAGACGUGGGCCGGGCGAUCAAAAUUCUUCUGCCAUCCGAGACGCUCCCCGGCCAAAGGGCACGUCUGCGUCACGGCUGGAGGAACUGCGUCUGUACAUGGACAAGUUGAGGGAACUUGUGCCUCAUAAGCACGACAGGGAAGACCAGCCGGAAGACCUUAUCCAGAAGACCAUCGCGUACAUCUGUGAACUCCAGAAGACCCUUGAAAACCACCCUCGCUUGCAGGGCUUAGACCCGAGGGUCAUUGCCGCCCCUGGCAACGCUCUGCCUCCGAUGGAGAUGCAACAACUGCUGUUGCAGCAGAGAAAGCAGCUGCGACUACAGCAGUUGCAGCAGCAGUAUUUGCAGCAGCUGCAACAACAGCCGCCUCAGCAACAGCAACGUUACCACCAGAUGCAACAGCAACAGCCGUACUUCCCAUUCGGGGACUCAGAACAGCUGUUCCAACCCCAGCAGAACCAACACCAGCUAACACAACAACAGCGAUACCGGCAGCAGUACCAGCAGCAACCACAACAGUACCAACAGCAACCACAACAGUACCAGCAGCAACCACAACAGUAC